GCUAAAGAAGAAGCUGAAAGAAACUUGCCAGAAAUAGCUACCAAGAUUGACAUAUUCGAAACACCUUUAUUCUUGAACGAUGAUAAAGGCAUCAUAGUAAAUUAUCCGCUUCUCAAGAAUGCACAAAAAAAGGAGAAAGAAGACCAUAUCAAUAACACAUUAGAUUUACUUAGUGGCAAAAGAAAGACACAAGAGGUCACAAAAACUGCUAUAGAGAUGCUCCAAAGGAUGUUUGGAAAUGCUCCUGAACAACCAAGACCAAACGGCUCAAAUGUUGGCUGUUUGGCUCCUAAUUUCAAUCCAAUUAUUUCUGUACGAGCUUGCGAAAGUUCCACUUUAUUAUUUUGA